AUGUAAAUUAAGCGAACUUCAAUUGAAUAAGGCGGUUUGGAAUAAUUGUUGGAUGGCAACAUGUCUCCAAUCGCUAGUUAACUGGAUUUGGAUUAGGAUACUCAAUCAUUUUUGAGUAAGGAUGAUCAGAAGAACAACUUCAAACCCUUUUAAAAUGAGAGAAACUCAAUUGGUAAAUUAAUUCAUAGAGCAAAAAGUAAUGACACCACAUCAAAAUUUCAUUUUCUAAAAAGUUAAUAGAUGGUUUUGCAUGCAAAAGAUAAAGAGGCUGUACCUUAAGCUAACCAUGCAUUCAAAUGGAGCACCACUCAUCUAUUAGGACUUAAGAAACGAGAUAUAACCCCAAAGGAUCAAGCAGUCUCCUUGAGAUAGAAGUUGAGGAAUUUUAAAAUCAAUCUCUAAGCUGAUUAAGGUUUCAUUAAACAGUUUAGAGAAUACAAAAAAUAAUACGUUCCAAAAACUCAAUUAACGAGAGCCUUCCUUACACCUAGAAGAGAACAUUUCUAUAGGGAUGUAUUAACAUUCGACUUAUCAUAGACUUCUACUCCGGGACCAGGAGUCUACUCAGAUUAAUUAUUAAUCACUGAACCUGGUCAAUCAAUCGAGUUUAAUAAGAGCUCGCAAACGACCAAAUCGCCAUCUCCAAUGUGUUAGAGGGACUUCUAUGACUUCCAAUUUCUGAAAAGGAAUGAUAAUACACCUGAUUUCCAGAGAACAAUUAGCAGGGAUAAGGCGUAUCAAAGAAGUAUUUUUGCUUAGAUUGAAAUUCAGAAGAAGGAGAACAUGGUAUUUGAAAUAGGUUUAUAGUGAAGAAACUUUAAAAAGAGGAACCUUAUGAUGAAUAAAAAAUAGACAGAGAGAUUGAGUACUUAUUAUAUCAAUAAUAAAAAUAUGGAAAAUUAAGUACUACCUUAAGAUAUAUAGCAUAGAUUAUUAGAGGAUAAUUGAUAGCAAUAAUGAAAUCAAGAAGUUAGUAUAGCCUGAUGCUCUCGAUAACAAUUGGAGUAAAAUGCUGUAAAUCUACAAUACUUAAUAUAUAGAGAGCGUUAUGGGUUUAAGAAAUUAAAGGGAGGUAAAAUCAAAAAGUAAAGAGUAUAAACAGCUGCAAAUGGGUGA